AUGGCGAAAAAAACGUACGAUUUGUUAUUUAAGUUAUUGCUUAUUGGCGAUUCCGGUGUCGGCAAAACCUGUAUACUGUUUAGGUUUUCGGAUGACGCUUUUUCCACUACGUUUAUUUCCACGAUAGGUAUUGAUUUCAAAAUAAAAACAGUGGAGUUAAGGGGAAAGAAAAUCAAAUUGCAGAUAUGGGAUACUGCUGGACAAGAGAGAUUCCACACCAUCACGACUUCGUACUAUAGAGGUGCUAUGGGCAUUAUGCUAGUUUAUGAUAUCACGAAUGAGAAAACUUUUGAGAAUAUCGUCAAAUGGUUGAGAAACAUAGACGAGCAUGCCAAUGAGGAUGUGGAGAAGAUGAUUUUGGGAAACAAAUGUGAUAUGGACGAGAAACGGGUUGUGAGCACAGAAAGAGGAGAGGCAAUAGCGAGAGAGCACGGAAUUAGGUUUAUGGAAACUUCUGCAAAGGCCAACAUCAAUAUCGAUCGUGCUUUUAGCGAAUUGGCUGAGGCAAUCCUCGAGAAAACUCACGGCAAAGAACCUCAAGAUGCUCCAGAUCGAGUGACAGUCCAUCGAAGAGAAGAAAAAAGUUCCAAUCGGUGCUGCUAAUUUUAUAUUCUUACAAUGACGCGCAAUAAGCGAUUCUCGCCCGUGUCCAUGGGGUUGUAUUCGUAGAUUGCGUUAUAUUAAUCGUGUUACCUCGUACCGCUUUUUGUAUAUCAGUGACGACUAUAUAUAUAUAUAUAUAUAUGGAGCACUGCCUGGGAGAGAGAAACUAACUACGUUUCACAGAACGCAGUUAGAUUUCCUUGAAUUUUUUACACGAGUAUUUCGCGCUAUUCGAAUCGUGAAUGCACAUGAAGACUGUAUUCGUUAUCUCGAAAAACCUUUCGACUCGAAGUUUUCAGACCACAUCACACGCGACAAUUUACCGUCCUCGUGUUAUUUAGAAUCAAUUGUUAGCGUUUCAUACAGUUUUGUUUUUGCUAAUAAUGGUUGGCUUGAUUGACACGCGUGUAAAGGCACCUGAUUCGUCUCAAUUGUCGAGUAUUUUGAAAAUUCCGGAAGUAUCGGUUAUUCUACCGAGCUCUACGAGAAAGCCAUACGUUUUACUUAAAUACGUAAUUUAAUCAUUAUUUAUUUAAAGACUUGGAUAAUACUAUUAGCUCGCGUUAAUCUAAAUCACGAGCAUUCAAGACUCUCAUUAUAGAUAAUGUUGAAACCACCACGGACAGUUUUCGUACGCCUUUUAUAUUUUAUGUGGUAUUAGGAAAUCGAAAAAAGACAGAGGAAAUUUGGGAAAUUUUGUGUGUAAUAUUUAACGUUAGAUUUCUAUUGAGAGUCGAAUUAUCAAAAUAGAAAUAAGUGCCGUUCUUUUAUUUUUUUAUAUUGCGCGACAGGAGUUACGAUAGAAAUGGUACAUCACUCAGCUAAAGAAUAGGAAAGUGUAUAAUUAUUACUAUGUAAAAAUCGAAGAUAACCGAUUUGUACAACUUGUAAUGUUUCUUUCUUUUUGCGGAAGUUGUUUUAUUAGUUAGAAUUGCAUACUUCGAACCUGUUAUCAGUGUGUUUAAAUCAUUUAAAAAAAUUAGGCUUUGAUAUAUGAAUAUUAUAUUUACUUCGUACUUUACGUUAUCAUUUUCAAUUGAAUUGAACAUGCAAUAAAAAGGUUCAUGGAGAACAAGAUUUAUUCAAUCGCCUUCUUUGUAUGGUAAAUUUUUUGGGCACCAUUUUUCAGUUCAGUUUGUUUCGAGAAACGCCGUAACUGCAUUUACUGUAAGUUGCAAAAUGCACAAUUAUUAUUGAAAGUCUGUAUUUUUUAUAAUUAAUAACGGUAUUGAAGUGAAAAAAAGUUCUAUUAUUAAAAAAUGUAAUAGGUAAAUAAAUGUUUUUAAAUCUUUUCAGUUGCUUCAGGUGGAAACAAUUAGUUGGAAAUGUUCAAAAGGAAUUAAUAAAAUUGUAUUAAUGA